ACGUCACGUCACGCAGCUGAACGUCUCCCUGUCAGGGAGUUUAAUGCUGUUCUAGCCUUUUUCUCUAUAAUUUGAUGCGGACAAUUGCUUACAAGAUUAUAUAACUGACCUGGAUGCACUAAUAUCUAGUUCCAUAUUGCCUAUACCCUACUCUGCCAAUCCUUUUAGCAAGAAGACUGAACAAGCCUCAGACCGAGCGAUCACUGAAAACAUGCAGCAUUUGCUUUACUACAUAUAUUUUGAAUAAAGUGUCAACUAUUUGCUGCCGCUCCUAUAAUUCCAUAUUUUUACAGACAGACAGUUACAGACGUAUUUAAUAAGAGCAGGCAUCAAUGAACGCAAAACUACUGACACCAGAUAGGAAUCUGUGUAUUAUGACGAUUUCCUGUCUGCUCCAGAUCGAGGCUUUGCACGCAUUCUAAUAUUUCUGGCGUCAGCUGAGACGUCCUUCACCGGCAUUUGAUCAUUUCUGGGUGGAUUGGUUGCUUUACGGUGUUAUUGCUGGUGAAAUUGGAGGCUAAUUUCCCUGUAGUGCUGUUAUGGCUGCUGCUGCGAUGGAGGCAGAUGAGCAACAUCGGAUUCGCUUCCAGUUAGAAUUGGAAUUCGUUCAGUGUUUGGCAAACCCUAAUUACCUCAACUUUUUGGCCCAAAGAGGAUACUUUAAGGACAAGUCUUUUGUGAAUUAUCUGAAAUAUCUGCUGUACUGGAAAGAUCCAGAAUAUGCUAAAUAUUUAAAGUACCCACAGUGCUUACAUAUGUUGGAACUGCUGCAGUAUGAACACUUCCGGAAAGAGCUGGUAAAUGCCCAGUGUGCCAAAUUCAUCGAUGAACAGCAAAUCUUACACUGGCAGCACUACUCUCGCAAGAGGAUGAGAAUGCAGCAAGCCCUGGCAGAACAGCAGCAGCAAAACAACACUUCCAGCAAAUAAAUGUGCCCAGUUGUCUCCAGACAGCUAUGUGUUUGAGACUUGCCCCUGUUCAAGCCAGUCAUGUGGGAAUCCAAGGCCUCCAUGAUAGGACUAUGACUGCAGAUGCACAUCUCUAUGAAGUUGUAGAUCAUGGUUUCAUAUAGUGGAAUUGACUAUGCCACUAUGGACUGUUUAUACAAGCACAAUCCCUUGCAACUACAUUUUCAGAUACAGUUGAAUUCUAGCCUUGAUGUGCUCUGUUAGAUCAUAGUCACUUACCCUCUGGCCAGUGACUAAACUGUAUAACAAUUCAGUGUACAAUAAAAUAAAAAUUAUACAGGCACAUCAUCAUAGAGUUAGCAGCUCAUUCCAAGCUCGAGUGGCUGAUAAGAAUGUAAAUAAAUGUCAAUAAUUGUUAUAUGCCCUAACCUAGCUGGAGCACCCAGGCUGUGUAGCGUGGAUUAUUCUCCCAACAAUAUAUAAGGGUAGGACGACACAGACGUUUUCGGUGCGAUCCGACGCACUGCAACAAAACGCUUGCGACGGAAAUAAGGUAAGAGAUCGAAAUGUUGGAUGAAGUCGGAGCGUUGAUACGACAUGACUUUCGGAGGCAGACACAGCAUCUGCCUCCGACAUUCGCGUCGGAUCAACACUGUGACUUCAUGCGUUUUAUCGCAGCGCAUCCGAUCACGCCAAAAACGUCUGUGCAGUCCUACCCUUAGUCUUAAAGAAUGAUGUUGGUCAUGUAAGAGCUUUGUUUUUUGUAUUCAUUUCUUUCUGCUUCAAAAAUGUUGCUUUGGGACCAGAAAUAAUUUUUUUCACUUGCUCCCUGUUUUGCAUUUUUGACCAUUUGUGAAGUUUUAUUUGUAAUGUUUCUCGUUCUGAUGUUUCAGGCAGUCGCUUUCUGACAUGUGUUGUUCAUUUAAAGAGUAUAGCCUUCUUUCAAUAGAAACACUGGUGCAGAAAUGCAAGGUUUCAUCUAUAUUCUUUAACCCAGGACCAAAGGAUUUUUACUGAGAUGAACUAUUUUCCCAGAAUGACCUAAACUGUCGACAUCUGCCUAAUUUGUUUGUUAUUCCACUUUAUGGAAAGAUUUUAACAUCUGUGCAAAAUAUACAACUGAUUUGUCAAGCCUUAUGUAAUGGCCCAAACUGGAAGUUGAUCCAGGAAAAUGGAUUAAUGUGUAUUUCUAAACUGUCCUGGGAACUAAAGAUGCAACAUUAUAAAUAUGAAUGUCAGGGUUCCCAUAUAAUCAUGAUUCACCUUAUACAUAUAAUUUUUCAUGAAUGAGGUUUGCUAUGGGGCUUAAGAUGAUGUGGUUUAGUGACAGGUGCAUAUUGAAAACAAGUGAUCCUGCAUUAUGAACAAUAUUUACCUGUCUGUAAAGAGGAAAAGGCAGGCAGAAGUUUGAGGGCAAACCAAAUAAAGCUUUAUUUUCUGUA